GUCGCCCCGCCUUGCAGUGGGGGGGUUAAUCUGCAUAUUCAUGAGGUGGGCGGGGACAAGCGUGGUCGUAUAUAAGCCGCCGCCCCGCCAGCCUCAGCGUACAUCGCGCUGGAGCUUUGAAGUGCUGUGUGGACCCCGCACCUCCAGGGCACUGGUCAGAAUGGCAUCAGACGAGGGAAAGCUCUUUGUCGGCGGGCUGAGUUUUGACACCAACGAGCAGUCGUUGGAACAAGUCUUCUCUAAGUACGGACAGAUCUCAGAAGUUGUUGUGGUGAAAGACAGAGAGACUCAGAGAUCCAGAGGUUUUGGCUUUGUUACUUUUGAAAACAUAGAUGACGCUAAAGACGCGAUGAUGGCCAUGAACGGAAAGUCUGUAGACGGACGUCAGAUCAGAGUUGAUCAGGCUGGAAAAUCAUCAGAGAACAGAUCCCGUGGGUACAGAGGGGGCUCCUCAGGGGGCAGAGGCUUUUUCCGUGGCGGCAGAGGUCGGGGCCGUGGCUUCUCCAGAGGUGGUGGGGAAAGAGGCUAUGGCGGAAGCAGAUUUGACUCCAGAAGUGGAGGGUACAAUGGCUCCAGAGAUUACUAUAAUAGCAGCAGGAGUCAAGGUGGCUAUGGCGACAGGUCCUCAGGAGGCUCCUACAGAGACAGCUACGACAGUUACGGUAAGUGCUGGUUCAAGCGGGAGCGCUGUACGUGUGCUGUAGGCACUCUCUAAACCUUCUCACCCUCUGCUCGAGUCUGGGGACGCCGUACGGCGCAGUCGGACUGUACCGCUAGGUCUGCUCUUGGCCCGUAAAGAACCAAAUCUGUCAGGCUUUGGACGUGGUUGUGCCGGUUAAAAGUUCUAAUUUGUAAUGCAUGUGUAGGAGUUGCUUGGAUCUAAGGCAAAAAAGCAAGGUUUUUUUUAAAAAAAAAAACACAGUAUGUUCCUCGAGCUUGAGACUAAGCCCAAACUCGGAUGCCCUAACAAACUUUAAUCAAGGGUGGGGGAGUUGUCGUACGCUGUAGCCAACUAGCACUAGCUUCGGAAAUAAUGCAAAGGGAGUAAAAUGCUGGAACUUGUCUAUGCUUCAGUGCCUUUACAAUUGUGCCUGCUUCUUGUCCUCAGCUACACACAACGAGUAAAAAUCCUUCCUGACUCAAGAUCGUCCUUCCAAUGGCUGUAUUUAUAAAGAUUUUUGGAGCUUCGCUGAAAUCGUUAUUGUGUAGUACAUCUACUUGUAUUUUCACUUUUGUAGUAUUAUCAGUUCUAAUCUUGUCAAACACAGCCUGACAGCUUCUGAUAAUAAGAUGGUCUAAUUAGACUUUUCUUUAAAGAAAGCUCUGCUUUCAAGUGUUUUUAAUCUUUUUUGAAAGCACUUCAGAUUUUAUUUUAUCCUUCACGAUGAGCCAAGGUGUUUCUUUUUUUUUUUUUAAAGUUGUGAAGUUGGGGCCCCAAUUCAGUUUCUUUUGAGAUAGAAAGGACCUUUAAUUCAAUGUUCACUGGAAGCUGAACAAGCUGUGGACUCUUUUUUUUUUUUUUAAGUGCAUUACCUUCGUCUUUUGUAACAUUCCUUUAGUGUAGCAAGGUAGGAAUGCAGCCUGGGUACAAAUUGGAAGGCAAACCACCUUGAUAUAUCUAAAGAGAAACUUGCUUGUAUGUUCAACCUGCAUAACGGUAUUUUUACUGUUGUAAUGAUGUAAAUUACCCAGAAAUAGACUUGCAAACUUACCAUAAAAAAAAAAGAGGUUCUUGAAAAUGUUUAUUUAUAUUGUCCUUUUUUACUGGAAGAAAUAUGCAUAUUCCAUUGAUAUUGUAUUUGAAGUGGUAAAGGAUUCUUGUAUACAGUUUUCUUUGGCUUUACGAAGCCUAUUAAAAGACCGUCUGAAAUGAACUCUGCUCCUGACAUUUACAUUUCAUUGCACAACACAAUCCUUAUCUACGAAGAACAGUCUGAGAGAGAGAGAGAGGAGAGAAAAGCCUUAGUGACGGUGUAAGAGCCAGACGUACCCACCAGUUGCUAGAAUUAAAUCGGUCUUGACAUGUGAAUUUGUCAAAUACCUGCACAUGAGAAUGGUGAAACCUGUCUAGAGGCAGAGACCGACAGUCGGAAGCGGAGGGAAGGCUGGUGGUAGGAAGGAUAAUUGAUGUUUCCAUAAAAUGCUGAAAUAGCCUACACUGAAACGCUGUAGCUGAGAACCAGUCCUGUAGUCACCGGCCUCGUUAAUAGGGUGUCAGGGGUGUGCAAUGGUAGGUAAAUUGCCGUAAUUAGCUAGCUUUGUCAUUGCCUUACAAGUUCUAAGAAUUCUUUGCUAGCAUAUGGAAACUGCAGUGUCCUUGGAGAAAAGAAGUGUUGUGCCUCCAACAGAAACCUCUGAGACGAAAGCUGCUCUCUUGGCUAGUUCAUAUGUGGAAAUAGUCCUGUAAUUCGAGGUAACUCCUUUUGCUCAUGUCCGCAUCCUUCCUCUUGUUGAGAGCUCAUUUUUGAAAGUCUUAAAUGUACCUUGUGAAAUAGUCCUUUUGACAAUUUUGGUCAACCGAUGGAAAAAAAAAAAAUAUUAAAUACUAAUAAUUGUAAGCCAUGCCGUACGCAACCUUUGGCUUGUGGCACAACUUGCGUCCCACAGAUGAGGGUUGGGCAUGCCGUCAUGUCUUGCCAGUAGGUACGGAAGCAAGAUGGGAAACCAAGAAUUCCCUGACUCGAUCCGUGUUCAUCUAUCGAGACUCUUUCUAGACUUCAUUUAAAGUUGCUCACUUUUAAUUGUAGCUUUCUUUGCCAUCCUACUUGUUGCCAUUAACUUUUUCCCAUAGCCCACACACUUCCUAAGCGGCCAUGUCCGAGUGGUAACUCUCUGCUUAGGGAGCAAACGAUCCGCUGGCCGGCGUAGCCAAGGCACUAGCCAGCCCCGCAACAGUUUUUUUUCCCAGACUGUGCUUCUGUGGCGUGUGGUGGGUUCAGCGAGCGGCUGGUGAACCCCUCCUGUGCGGUGUGUCGGGGGGAGGCGGGGGGCGACCAGAAGGCUCCGCUCGACGGUUUUAUUAAUGCCCCGUUGCUUUGGCAGGGUGAGAGGAGACGGAGGCGGCUGGGAGCACCCUGAGGAAGGAGGUUCUGAGGAAGCGGGGCCAGGAGGAGAGUUGGCCAAGCAGCAAUAAAAGGCGUCUGAGAAGACCGAGAAGGAGCAGCCGUUGACUGGAGGGAGAGAGGGAGAUGAAGAGCUUUUGGCCACUGUUGUGACUGGUUUUUAUACAGGUCAACUGGAGGAGGAAAUAAGUGGAUUAAGCUAGAAUAAAAUAAUGGAAUGUG